AUGCUUGGAAGCAUAGAGCAAUUCGUCCCGGGAGACGAUAUUGGUGAAUAUAUAGAGCGGUUAGAGCAAUUUUUUGUGCUUAAUGAUGUACAAAAAACUAAAAAAGUGGCUUCGUUAUUAACUUUUAUCGGACAUGAUGCAUAUUCGGUGUUAAAGAAAUUGACGUACCCGAAGAGUCCAAAAGAAUUAAUUUAUAAAGAAUUAAUAAGUAAGCUUAAAGUACAUUAUUCACCUGAAAUCAAUGAAAUCUCGGAGAGAUAUAAAUUUCAUAAAGAAGAUCAGAAGGAAGGGCAAUGUAUUGUAGAAUACAUAGUGGAACUUAAGUCAAAGGCUCAAAAUUGUAACUUUGGAGCAUUUUUGGAGGAAGCUUUAAGAGACCGUUUUGUGUUUGGCGUCAGAGAAAGCAAAUUGAGGGCAUUGCUAUUAAAGGAAAGUAAGCUAACUUUUGCAAGUGCUUGCCAAAUAGCGACGUACUGGGAGAUGGCAGAAAAAGAAAUUGAAGAAAAACCAUUAAAUCAGUUUGCGGUACGGAAACUAAAUAAUUAUGGAAAUACAAAAAUGAUUAAGUGUCAUAAAUGUUCUAAGUAUGGUCAUUUUGCACGUUUUUGUUACACAAAGUUAAAAACAACAAAAAAAAAAAUAUAUCCGAAUUCAAAUUGGCGUCGGCAUGAAGGUCAAGACAGAUCAUCAGAUGUUAUAAAAGAGUUAUCAGAACAAAUGGUAGGACAGGUUGUGUUAACAAGUGAUACCAGCAUAAAUAAAUUAGCAGACGGUCCGUUAAAGAUUAUGGUUAUGGUAAAUGGUAUUAAAUUGGAUAUGGAAAUCGAUACAGGGGCAUGUGCUUCUGUGAUAAGCGAAAAUACUUAUCAACAAUUAUUUAGUAAAUCAAACCUAUGUAUAACAAAUUCUAAAUUCAUGUCUGUUACAGGAGAGUUAAUUGGUAUUAUUGUAACAAUAUCUGUAAAUGUGUGUUUGUGUGAUACUGUUGAUGAUGUAUAUAAAUUAAACUUGCUGGUAAUUAAGAGUACAAAAAGUAUUUCUCCAUUGUUGGGUCGAUCAUGGCUAAAUAAAUUAUGUCCAGACUGGCGAAAUAAAUUAAAAGGAAAUGGUGUUAUUAAAUUAGUAAGUAAUACUGAACUAAAUACAAAUUAUAAUGAUAGUAUUUUAAAAUAUAUCAAAAGUAAAUUCCCACGAGUACUGAGUGAAGAAGGUGGUCAAUGUAUAGAAAAAUAUAAAGCUGAAAUUGUGUUAAAACCAGGAGUUACUCCUAUAUUUCAUAAAGCUUAUUCAGUACCUUUUAGUAUUAGAGAUAAAGUGGGUGAAGAAAUAGAUAGAUUGGUGGAACAAGGUAUUCUAGAACCUGUGAAGUAUAGUGAUUGGGCGAGUCCUAUAGUAGUAGUUCCAAAGUCUGAUGGUAGUUUACGUAUUUGUAUAGAUUGUAAAGUAACUAUAAAUAAAUCAAUUAAGACUGAACAUUAUCCUUUACCUAAAGCUGAUGACGUGUUUGCUAGUUUAUCAGGAUGUAAAAUAUUUUGUGUAGUAGACUUAUCCGGAGCAUACCAGCAGCUAGAUGUGUCUAUGAAUAGUAGAGAGUAUUUAACUAUAAAUACAUUAAAAGGAUUAUUUAGGUACAAAAGAUUACCAUUUGGUGUAUCCAGUGCGCCUGCUAUUUUCCAAUCUGUUAUGGAUCAGGUGUUAUUUAAGGUAGAGAAUGUAUUUUGUUACUUAGAUGACAUUUUAAUUGGUGCAAUAGAUAAAGAUAUGUGUAAAAAAAAAUUAGAUGAAGUUUUAACUAGAUUAAAUGAGUUUAAUAUCAGGAUAAAUUUAAAGAAAUGUAAAUUUUUUGAAAGCAGUGUUAAUUAUCUAGGGCACACAAUAGAUGAAAUGGGUAUCAGACCAAUGAAACAAAAGUUAGAGGCAAUUAAGGAAGCUAGAGAACCUACAAAUUUAAAUGAAUUAAAAGCAUAUUUAGGAUUACUAAACUAUUAUUGUAAAUUUGUACCAAAUUUAAGUAGUGAAUUACAUGAACUACAUAAAUUAUUAAAAAAAGGAGUGAAAUUUGAGUGGACUGAAAAGUGUAGCGAGACAUUUAAUAGAAGUAAAGAAUUACUGCUAAAUAACCAAUUGUUGGGGAUAUAUGACUCAAAGAAACCCAUCAUAGUUUAUGCGGAUGCUAGCCCAUAUGGUGUAGGUGCGAUUUUAGUGCAAUUAUUUGAUAGAGAAGAAAAACCUAUAUGUUUUUCAUCUAGCACACUAUCACCAGCAGAACAAAAUUAUGCACAGAUUCAUAGAGAAGCGUUAGCGAUAGUGUUCGCAGUAAAAAAAUUUCAUAAAUAUAUUUAUGGAAAUAAGUUCACACUAUGCUCAGACUCACAGGCGUUAAAGGAAAUAUUUAGUCCUAAUAAGGGUAAUUCAGUAGUCGCUGCAUCUAGACUACAAAGAUGGUCAGUAUUUUUAUCGAUGUAUGAUUAUGAUUUUAAAUAUAAACCAGCCAAACAAAUGGUGCAUGUUGAUGCGUUGUCACGGUUACCUUUAAAAACAGGAACUGAGAUUGAAGAAAUUUCUAUAAACAGGUUAAGUAUUAUGAAUGAUUUUAAUUUGAAUAUAGAAGAAAUAAGAAAAGGAUAUAAAGAGGAUAAAACAUUGUUAAAAGUAAUCAAGUAUGUAAAAAAUGGUUGGGAAGGGAAACUAGAGGAAUGCAAAUACUAUUUUAAAAUGAAAAAUGAUUUAGGGUUGCAGGAUGAUUGUUUGUUUUUUGGCGAUAGAGUUGUUAUCCCAGAGCAUUUAAAAGAAAGGGUGUUACAACUACUACAUAAGGAUCAUAAUGGUAUUGUGCGAAUGAAAAUGGAGGCAAGAGGAAUACUAUGGUGGAGAAAUAUGGCUAAAGAUAUUGAAGAGACUGUAAAAAGGUGUGAAAUUUGUGCUCAAACGCAAAAUGUACCCAAAGAAGUAGUGACAUCUAGAUGGCCAAAAACAAAUGUUAAAUUAAUGAAUAGAGUAACUGUAGAGAAAGUAAUAGAAGUGUUACAAAGUAUAUUUACAUAUUUUGGGUUACCAGGAGAAAUUGUAUCUGAUAAUGGCCCGCCUUUUAAUUCUCAUGUUUUCAAUAAUUAUGGUAAGGAGUGUAAUAUAAAAAUAAUUAAGUCACCACCAUACCAUAGUCAGUCUAAUGGACAAGCUGAAAGGGGAGUUCAAACAGUGAAGAAAUACUUAAAUAAAUAUUUAUUGGAUUAUAAAAUUAGAACUGCACAUGUUAACCAAUUAAGAGUAAAAACUUAUAAAGAUGUUAAGGAUAUUAAAGUACCUAGAUCUGUAAAUGUAGAUAAAGUUAUUGUAAAAAAAUCAAAUAGAAUGGUUAAGAAACCAAAUAGAUAUGGAUUCGAUGAAUUUGUAUAA